GAUUACAAUCAAAAGCUAAACUGAUUGCAUUUGUUAAAAUUCUAUCUCUGUUUAGCUUACAAUUUAGUCAUAUCGUGUGCUUGUUUUGGUCUCCUACAAACAACACCAUCAACAUUAUUAUUGUUAUCCAUAAAGGAUUUGACACUUAAGACGAGAUAUUAAGGAUAACAUGAAUGCUAUUAUGAUUAUAUUUCUUAUAUAUGUUAGUUAUGCGGCAGUUAUUUACCAGCAACCAUUAUUCUCGAAAACCAGACUGUCUUAACGUACACUUGUAAUUUGUUUAGCACAGUUUACCUUUCGUUUGCUUAUCGCAUUGCGUACACGUUUAUCGUCAUGUAGAAAGCACACUACAGUCAUCUGUUCCUGGCGUCUAUAUAGAUAUACAACAGUCUGUGCGAUAAACGCCAAGACUUUGGCAUUAAUAUUAAUAAAAAAUUAAAAUCACAUUUAUUCUUGGCACAUAACUCGUAUUGCACUAUAGUAGUUUAGUUUAGUGCUUUAAACGGACUGUUUCCAUUUCAAUUAUGUAUUAUCAUUUAAUUGGCAGCAAUAAAACAAAGUGACUGUGUCGAAAUUUCUUUACCCAUUGCUAGGUUUUUCCGAGAGCCUAGAUAGCAUAAAUACAAAUGUGCUCACGUGAUUUAACUGAAAUACCCUGUAGGGAUUAAAGGGGUAAACUUCAAUGCACGACAAGUGCCUGAUAUCACAAACAUGCACAUCUAUAGUUAUUGAAGCUGCUAAUAUGAUUACAUCGAGUGCAGGCUGGCAACAGUUUUAGUCCGCCAUGAGUUUAUUAAUUCCGCUGAAUCGUAAAAUUCGUAAACAAAACAGUAUAAGAAUAGAUCCAAACUGGCAUAAUAAUUACAGUCUACACAAGCAAUUGAUUGCAUACUAAACAUAUACAUAUGUGGGCGACAGUGCAUCUCCUACGUUUUGCUUAAGUUCUUAUGAGUAAUUCUGGACAGGUUGAAGGCAUGCCGUUAACGGCCAGUAACAUAUACAUAUGUUAAAGUGACACUGUUAAAAUGGCACACUCUUUAUGUUAUCUUGAUUGCAUCUUUUAGCUUCAAGAUAUGGUUACAAGCAAAAGCCCCUUACCUAACUCUAACGACCUUGUUCGCAUUAUAAUCCAUUAUAAAACCUCGAUCCUAGCUUUGCAAGCUGGUAUUUAAUAUUGAUAUUCAUGUUAAAUAUAAUACCAUUUAUACCUAUACAUGGAUUGUAUGACAUGUUUGCACAAUAUGCGUCUGUUAAAUAGUUGAAUUAUUUGACAGCACUGUUUAUUAUCCUCAUGCUGAUCGUGGGGCCAGAGUCCACUGUACCGCAUCGGUCACAGCGUGUGUCCCAAGUGCUAGUAAUGAGUAUUGUCGCCAGCUAAGCUGCUAUCUCUCAGCGGCGGCCCGAUGAAGCUAUAAAAAGUGGCAGCGCAGCGCGGUUUCCUUUUAGCCGCUAAAGCUGUGUAGUUUUGGUUUAUUGUGCAGUCGUUGGCUGGGUAUUUGGGUCAUUUCAUUGACGGCCGGCAAACGUUAAAGACGCGCGCGUGUUCGCCAGCGCAAGCAGAAUCUCGAGAGCAAGUUGGACUUGCAGCUGCUACAUGUAUUUGAUAUUGCUGGGUAUUAUCGCCUGCGCUUAUCAACAAGCAAAUAUUGUUUGUCUGUCGAUUAAAGGGCAAGGAAAUUAACAGCUUUGUGCACGCCCAAUAAUACGCUGACGAUCUGCAGUGUUGAGAAACGCAGAAACGCGCGCAUCGCUCUCUCUUUCUCUCUCUCGUUCGCAUAGCCUGCAAUUGUGCUGCCAACCCGUCGAAGAAGAAGAGAUCAGCAGCUAGAAUGGCCACUCUUGGCGCCUGGGACUAUAUCAUCCUGGCCGUAGUCCUGAUCAUCUCCAUUGUUAUCGGGAUCUAUUAUCGAUUCGUGGGCAAAAAACAGAGCAACACAACGGAAUAUUUUCUGGCUGAUCGCUCCAUGGGCGUUACGCCAGUUGCAUUCAGUUUAAUGGCCAGCUUCAUGUCGGCUGUUACAAUACUUGGCGUUUCCAUGGAGAUGUAUCAGUAUGGCACCAUGUUCGUCAUCAUCAAUCUCUCCUAUGUGAUAUCAACGCCCAUUGCCGCCUAUCUAAUACUGCCGGUAUUUUAUCGCCUGAAAACCGCCAGCGUCUAUGAGUAUCUGGAGCUGCGCUUUGGCUAUGCCACCCGCUUGGCCGCAUCGCUGGCCUUUUCUAUACAGAUGAUACUCUACAUGGGCAUUGUUGUGUAUGCCCCGGCACUGGCGCUGGAGGCAGUCACUGGCCUGAAUCAGAUCUUCUCGGUGAUAAUUGUUGGCGUGGUCUGCACCAUUUAUGCUACAUUGGGUGGCAUGAAGGCGGUGCUCAUGACAGACAUAUACCAGUCGAUCCUGAUGUUUGUUGCCGUUUUCAGUGUCAUCAUCUGUGCGUGGAUCAAGGCCGGCAGUUUCGGUGUCGUGUGGCGUACGGCUGUGGAGAAUGGACGUAUCGAAUUUAAUAACUUUAGUAUUGAUCCAACUACACGGCACACCUGGUUUACGCAGGUCCUGGGCGGCUGCGCCACCUAUCUGGCCAUCUAUGGUGUGAAUCAGGCGCAGGUGCAACGCCUACUGGCUGUACGCAAUCUGCGCUCAGCACGUGCCGCACUCUGGUGGUGUUUGCCCAUUCUGUGCCUGCUAAGCAUCAGCACCUGCUUAUCGGGCCUGUGCAUCUAUUGGUAUUAUCGCGACUGUGAUCCGUUGCUGGCAGGCCGUGUCAGUUCUCGGGAUCAGAUUAUGCCGCUGUUUGUGGUUGACACCAUGGGUGACUAUGACGGCCUGGCGGGCCUCUUUGUAUCCGGCAUCUUUUGUGCCAGCCUGUCGACCAUCAGCACGGCUAUCAGCUCGCUGGCUGCAGUCACGCUGGAGGAUUACCUGAAGCCGCUAAUGCUUUGCUGCACGAAACGCUCGCUCGACGAUCACCAGACCAUGUGGUACUCCAAGCUGUUGUCUGUCUUCUAUGGCGCACUUUGUGUUGGCAUGGCGUUCUUGGCUGGCUCCAUUGGCGGGCUACUGCAGGCGGCGCUGUCCAUCUUUGGCAUCAUUGGCGGUCCAUUGCUGGGUCUCUUCACGCUGGGCAUGUACGUGACGUCGGCAAAUCAGAAAGGCGCCAUUGGCGGUCUACUUAUAUCGCUAGCCGCAUCCUUCUGGAUUGGUUUCGGUCAGCCGAGACCGCCGAUACCCAGCCUGGACAUGUCCAUUGCUGGCUGCCCCGUUCAACGCAGCUUUGCCCGCGACAUACUCCUCCUGCAAGCGGAUGCACAAUUCACAGCUGCCCCGGACCCUGAACCGGAAACGUCCUAUUUCUACCUUUACCGCAUCAGCUACAUGUGGUAUGCCCCACUCGGUUUUCUCAUUGCUUUCUUCGGCGGCUGGCUGUUGUCCUGCUUGUUUGCGGCCUUCAACUGGGACAGCAAUCGUCACAUCUAUCAGGAUGCGGACUGCACACUGAUCAAGCAUGAUCUCUUUGUGCCGCCCAUUGCCAAGCGUUUGCAGCGCCGCCAAAUGCCGCGUGUUGUCGUGACCAACACCAGCAGCGGCAGCCACAGAAGCAGCAGCAGGAGCAGCAGCGGCAGCAGCGUUAAGGAGCCGAAGCCUACGGCACCUCCGCCGGACUGGCAGGACACAUUACCAGCGUCGGCAGCGGGGGCGGGGGCGGGGGCGUUUAAGCAACGUACACUGGCAUAA